GCCGGAGGGGGCGGCGCGGUGGAGCCUGCCUUGGCCUCGUACGCUCCUCCUUGCCCGCGGCCGCCGCCCGCCUCCGCCCGCACCGCCAGCUCCUUGGCCGCGGCUGGCCCGGCCGCCACUUCCGGGCGCUCACCUGGGACGCGCUCGCCUGCCUCCGGGCGCCGGGACGCCGGGAUGAAGGACCGGCUGGAGCAGCUGAAGGCCAAGCAGCUGACACAGGAUGAUGAUGCCGAUGAGGUCGAGAUUGCUAUUGACAACACAGCUUUCAUGGAUGAGUUCUUUUCUGAGAUCGAGGAGGCUCGACUCAACAUUGACAAGAUCUCAGAGCAUGUGGAGGAGGCUAAGAAACUCUACAGCAUCAUUCUGUCUGCACCAAUUCCAGAGCCAAAGACCAAAGAUGACCUAGAGCAGCUCACGACUGAGAUCAAGAAAAGGGCCAACAAUGUCCGGAACAAACUGAAGAGCAUGGAGAGGCACAUCGAAGAGGACGAGGUCCGGUCAUCCGCCGACCUUCGGAUUCGGAAAUCCCAGCACUCCGUCCUCUCCCGGAAGUUUGUGGAGGUCAUGACCAAAUACAAUGAGGCGCAGGUGGACUUCCGCGAGCGCAGCAAGGGGCGAAUCCAGCGGCAGCUCGAAAUCACCGGCAAAAAGACGACAGAUGAGGAGCUGGAGGAGAUGUUGGAGAGUGGAAACCCUGCCAUCUUCACUUCUGGGAUCAUCGACUCUCAGAUUUCCAAGCAAGCCCUCAGUGAGAUCGAGGGACGGCACAAGGACAUCGUGAGGCUGGAGAGCAGCAUCAAGGAGCUUCACGACAUGUUCGUGGACAUUGCCAUGCUGGUGGAGAAUCAGGGUGAGAUGUUAGAUAACAUAGAGUUGAAUGUCAUGCACACAGUGGAUCAUGUGGAGAAGGCACGGGAUGAAACAAAAAGAGCUGUGAAAUACCAGGGUCAGGCCCGGAAGAAACUGAUAAUUAUCAUUGUGGUAGUGGUUGUGUUGCUGGGCAUUUUAGCAUUGAUUAUUGGACUUUCCGUUGGGCUGAAAUAAGGGCAGCCUGAGAGGCUGCUGCGCUGAAAUAACUCAAUCUUACUCCAGCCUGGUGUGGCCACCCUUGUCUUCAGACGGGAACAGCAUGUGAACUGUCCUUGAGAGGGACACCUGUCCCUUUUUUGCCUUGUGAACAUCCUGGGACCCGAUCCAGCAAGUGAUUUCGCCCUGGAGGAAUCUUAUCUACCUGAUGCAGCCCUGAGUUCCCCAAACCUUCUCCUGCCCCACCAACUCUGAAGUACCUUCUGUCCUGGACUGUGAACCAACCAGCUUCUCUUUCUUCCCUCCGAUGUGUCACAUUACCCCAUGUACCUCGGGAGCCUAUCGGAGGCCACCCCAGGUCGCAGUACUGUCUACCUCAUGGAAUGCUCUUCCAGAAAUUGCAGUGUGUUUUACUUUUAGUGGGGGGUUGGGGGGUGGUAUCUAUAACAAAGAGAAAGGGUUUUUCAAGUUUGGCAACAUGAGGCUUGACCUGAGACUUCUACCUGGCAGGACCCCAAUCCUCACAGUUUGUUGUCCCAUAACCUGAAAUUAGGAGGGACUGGCAGAUGUCAUUUUGGUCUUAGAAGCUGACUUGUUUGAAAUUCAACCUUGAAUUAAGCUCUUAGUGUGUUCAGCUUGGUGGCCAGCUCCAGUCUCUGUUUGGUUCUCUUAAGUUUACUCAAGGAGGCCCCAGGAUGAUAUAUUAUCAGAAGUUACCAUCUGUAAAGGCUGAGGGUAUGGGAUACACGUUUCCAUGUCUGGGUCUCAGAAACAGGCUGUUCAUUAUUAGACGGAUGCUUUGUGAAGUCAUUGCCUUGAGGCCAAAAAUAACCAAGCACUUAAACUGGACCAGGGACAAGGUGCUUGAGUCUCAGGCUCUGGAAAUGUUGUAGACCAGAAAGAGUCACUCAUUUCAUGUGUUCAGGUGUAUUUUCCUAGUCAUGUGUGUGAGAUGUAUGUACAUACAUGCGUGUCUCAGGAAGUAAGAGACCAGAAGUGGAGACUGUUAUAACCUCAAAAGAACCCCCCAAAAAACCUUAAGCUAGGCCAAAAAUUAAGAGACAUUUGCUUACUUGCAGAUGAAUCAGUAGACAUAAGGUUUUCCCAUGUCAUCAAGAUACUACCUGCUGUUUUCUGGAUGAAUACUGGGAGAAUCAUAGAUGUUUGGGGUGAGGACUGAGUUGAUCCCUUUAAAUUUCUCUGCAUAGCAGGCAGAAGGUGUGACAAGUUAUGAAGCCUCUCCCCAUCUGCUGCCUAGGCCAGGCUGGUCUGAGAACAUCCCACAACAGUUUGGGUUCAUUCAUGUGACUUUGGGAUGUCCUGUCUCUAGGGCAGAGUCACUCGGGGGAGACCAAGGGCCACUGAGUAGCCUAGUGCUUUCUGCUACCAGCUUAGUGAGUUUGAUGGGCUCUUUGGUUCCCCCAAUUCUUGUCAUGGAGGAAGCAUCAGCUGGGAAGUUUUCAAGUGUGGUGACUGCUGAGCCAGUUCGUGAGUCCCUUAGGUUCCCUGCUGGCUCCUGCCAGCCUGAUUUCACAUUUCAGCUUUGACUUUAAUGCUUUCUGCGAUAGGGUGAGCACCCUCACCCAGGCACUGUCCACUGGUUUCCUUUGCAGAAGCCACUUACUCCCAGUCAUCACCUGCACUCAGACAGAGCCAAGGAGAGGCCCCUUGCCCAUGGCUAUGAAGUCGGAUGGUGGACUGACUCCAGCAGCAAGGGCAGACCAGUUCUAAUCACAGGCCUUUGCUCUCCUGAGGUGGAGGCCUGGGGCUUAUGGUUUGGAAUACAACAAGUGAAGGUUUUUUUGUCAUUUGUAUUUUUUUAAAUGUAAACUUGAUUAUUUUAUUGCUAAUUUAAAAAUAAAUGACUAUGUUGAUUGUGAAA